GCGACGCCGUUGCUCGUUUGAAUCAUCAGACGCGAAACGACUCAGUCGGACAUUCGACAGCGGUCUGUCAGCCGAGAACUUACUAGUUCAAACCAGCGGCUUUUGGUCGACACUUUAGCGCAAAAAAUAAAAAACAAAAAAUGUCCAAGAAGGAGAUUUACUACUCUGACAAGUACAACGACGACGCCUUCGAGUACAGGCAUGUGGUGUUACCGAAGCAGCUGUCCAAGCUGGUGCCUCCCACUCACCUGAUGUCCGAAGACGAAUGGCGGGGCCUCGGCGUCCAGCAGAGCCAAGGAUGGAUCCACUACAUGAUCCACAAGCCAGAGCCCCACAUCCUGCUCUUUAGAAGGCCCCUCGCCAAGGAUUAAUCUGGAACACGUCUCUGGCUCUCUCAUUUCUCACCUAUGUGUCUCCUGUAUACACCUUUCCCAUUUUAUUUAUGUAUUUUAGGGUUAUUGUUUGCUCUAAUUCCUUUCAUGGAUGUUGGCCAGGGGUGUCCAUUUGGCCUUUUUUUUGGUUGCCCUUGAAACAUUGUAAAGAUACAAUUCAUUCUUAAGAUAUAUUGGAUGGGUGUUUAGUUCAGAUAGCUUAGCAUACUGUAUAUCGCUUUUAAGCAUUGAAUGUACAAAAUGUAUCAAAGUGCCCCCCCUUGCCCCAUCCUUUCAUUUUUAUGUAUGCAAAGAAAGUUUGGACCCCCCCCAAUGUGGGCAAAUGUAAAGCUUAAGUUGUACAUUUUUAACAUGAAAAGUGUUUUGUCCAUAGCUUCUUUUUCCUUUUUUUGUCUUUGUAAAUAUUUUUUCCUCACGUGUUCAUUUGACUUGAUCAAAUAAAAAUGCGUU